CACUGAUGGAGAACGGCGGCGAAGCGUCCCCGGAGGUUCAGACCGGGUCCCCCGAGGUCCCGAGGGGACCGGACCCGGACCCGGACCCGCGGAAGCUGCUGUUUUUCAAGGCUUACAGGAGGAGGUGGUUUGUUCUGCUGGUGCUGUGCCUGCUAAACUGCUCCAACGCGACGAUAUGGCUGACCUUUGCGCCAGUCGCGGACCAGUCUGCCCAGUACCUGAAGGUCACUCUGGCAGAAAUCAACUGGUUGUCACUGGUCUACAUGGUGGUGGCCAUACCGCUCAGCUUUGGGACCACAUGGAUGCUGGACACCCUCGGGCUACGGAUCACGUUGAUCCUGGGCUCCUGGCUGAACAUGUUUGGAGCCCUGCUGCGCCUGGUUGACAUAACGACGGGCAGCGCUCUUAAAAUCCAGUACCCGCUGGUGAUGCUGGGUCAGACCCUCGGCGCCCUGGCUCAGCCCCUCAUCAUCUUCACCCCCACCAAGCUGGCAGCUCUCUGGUUCCCCGACCACCAGCGGGCCACGGCUAACAUGAUCGCCUCUAUGUCCAAUCCCCUGGGCAUCCUCCUCGCCAACAUCAUCUCUCCAAUGAUGGCUCAGACGUCUGAACAAAUGCCAGUCCUGCUGCUGGCCUACGCGGUCCCGUCAUGCAUCAUCUGUUUCAUAGCAACAGUGGGGAUACGGAGCAGCGCCCCCCCCACGCCGCCCUCAGCCAGCGCCGAGUCCUCCGGCUCUGAGCCGUUCGUACACGGGGUCAAGCUGUUGCUGAAGAACAAAGCCUACCUCGUCCUGCUGCUCUGCUUCGGCUCGGGCAUGGCCGUCUUCACCUGCUUCUCCACGCUGCUGCAGCAGAUCCUGUGUGCGCAGGGAUACGCCGACGACUUUGCCGGCCUGUGCGGUGCUCUCUUCAUCGUGUUCGGCGUCGUGGGCGCCGGAGCUCUGGGACUCUACGUCGACAAGACCAAGAGGUUCACCGAGGCCACGAAGGUCAACAUGAGCCUCACCGCGCUGGCCUGCGUCGCCUUCUCCGUGGUGUCUCGGCUGCGGGAGCAGAAGGCCGCCGUGGCCGCCGUCUGCUCUCUCUUUGGCUUUUUCGGUUUCUCCAUCUACCCGGUGGCCAUGGAGCUCUCCGUGGAGUGUUCGUAUCCCAUCGGGGAGGCCACGUCGGCCGGGCUCAUCUUCGUAUCGGGGCAGGUCCAGUCUGUCCUCUACAUAAUCCUCCUUCAGGCUUUGACCAAACGACUCGCCGACUCCCCCCUGUCGACCUGCGGGGAUGCGGUCCUGAGCUGGAGAGUGCCAGUGCUGGUGAUGGCAGGACUGUGCGCUUUCUUCACCUGCUGCUUCGUCAUCCUCUUCCACACGCGAUACAGACGACUGGAGGCCGAGGAAAAGGCCGCGUACGGGGCCGAGCGGAUCAACGGCUCAACGUCCAGCGGCCACGCGCCUCCGGGCGCGGAGACGUGAACCUGCCGGCUGACUCGCGACGAGAGAGAGAGAGACGGAAACACAGGGAAUCGUGCGUGUGAUCACAACUACAGUUGGUUUCUUUGUCGUUUGGUUUUGGUAACCUCAGAUCAAUAGGGUUUGUUUGUUUUCGUACCACAAUGAUUCUUUUGCACAAUAUUGGGGCCAAACUUUGAGUAACAAUAACAGAUUUUACCUUAAUACCACUGCUACUAACACGUAAUCCUCAAAUUACUAUAAUAAGGACCAUCAACUAUUUAUCUACAAAAAUUAAACUCUGCAGGUUGUUCUUAUCAUUCCAUUAAUAAAUGGAGAAUGUGUUUCUGUAAUACACUGAAUGAUGCUGGGCUUUUACAGACAGAAAAAGUUCCUCAUAAUUUGUGUAAAUAUUUUCUUUCCAGAUAUUCUGGCAGGUCUGAUUGAGAAAUCCCAGUUAGCAGGGAAAAUAAUUCUCUGGAUGGAAGUACUGCUCAGAGGGUUUGAAUGAUUAUUCAACUCUGUUGUUCAUGGGACAAGGUCGUUUUUAACAGAACUUACCUUUGAUUUAGGGUAAAAAACUAUAGGACAAACCUGAAACACAGACUACAACUUCCCUGUGGGCAGAGAAAUGACACAUCCUGUGGCUGAACACUGCCAUCGCUCACCCAGACUUCAUUCUGGGCUGAAGUUAAAUGGCCGGUGGAAAGUUACCAAACUACUUGUCUCACAAACUAAAGAGUUCCCCUGGACGGCGUGUGCAACCGCUCCAUCCAGAGGAAAAGCUGAACUCAUCAGCGUCAGGUCUCCCUUACCUCGCCCUGCGGGAGAACAACUUAGGUACUGUACCACUCGCUGCUGUUGGAGGCUCAUCGCAGAAGCUGCCCAGGAAAAAGAAAACGCUAAUUUUUCCAUUAAGUGGCAUUUGAAGGGGAGAUCCUCGGGGAAACAUCAGUGCGAUGUUUCGGCACAUGGCGGGAGGAUUGCGUGUGUCCACGUUCCCUCAGUGCCCCGGCGUUUCGUUGAAAUUCCCAGCAUUCCCUUCUUCAGGGAAUCACCGAAAACGAAGGCAGGAACUGUCGUGCGACUCAAAACCCAGCAGGGCUUUAAGCUGCACUGCGUCCUGCUCUAUCUCCUGCCACCGUGCAGGAACUGUGGAUUCUUUUUGAUGCUCAGGCUCUGACAACAAAACCUGAUUCUCACCGCUGGUGCUUUAGAAACACUUUCUGCUGUCUCCUCCGGCGCUGCCGGAAAUAACUCGAUGCGUCGUCGCAUCCUCAUAGGCACAUCUGACUCUUAUCCUCUCUACUAAAACCACUAAAAAGUUACUGUUUACUGACAUAUUCCGACUCUACUGUGCCACUAAUCCUGUUCUGUGUAAUCGAAAUUGAAAUCCGUGCCUGUUGUUGUGUUGUGGGGGAAACAAAAGCCCUAGUCACAGCAUUUAACUACUUGUUAAAGGCUUAAUUUUGUCAGAAAGUUGCGGCGUUUGUGCAGUAAAAGGGAGUAAACUCAGUUCCGACUGUGUGCACUGACAAAAUAGGCAAAUAAAGGUUGUGUGUAUGGUAGAUGAUACAUUUUUAAAGUGUGCUGAAUGUUUCGCAACCAAAUAAGCUGAUUUUAAUUCUUCCAAGAGUUAGGACCAAUAAUGCUGUUUUGUAUUUCUCAAGGAGGUAAAAUGAGGUAUUUUUCUGAAAGCUGAAGGACUUGAAUGAUGUACGCUGAGGAUGGAGGACAUGUCUGACUUCACCCACAGACAUCUGUGAAUACAAGCACUUCCUCCGGCGCUCUGUAAGGAAAACAGUCUGUCUGGCUCUGCGUCUGGGAUGGGAAGCGUCUAUUUUAAGUUCCCUCACACUGAGGUGUGUUUCUCGAGGCCGAUGCUCCAAUAAGGAUUGUUUUUUCUCAAGUUUCUCUGUUUCGGUGCCUCAAAAAGUCAACGUUUUCAAGAGUCGGAUAAAUUUGUUGGAAAUCUGCGCCACUGAAGCAGAAUUUCAACGAGUCCUCCAUCCUCCAUCUUGUGGGCCGGGUCUUGUAGAGGGACUCGAGCUGUAAGACCUUUUUAAUUUAUAUUGACCUCAUUUGUUGUAAAGUUGUUUUCAGUUUGCUUUAAUUUUUCUUUAUUAAAUA